GUUUACGUGAAAACUCGCAGCUAAUAGAACUGUCGACUGUAUUUUGCAGGAAAAUAUGGAAACAGUGAAUCAGAAUCAUCAAAAUCCGGGCUUUAUUGGCGACGAUGGACGUAGCACAGCGAGCACUGUGGUGAUAUCGUCCAACGGUUCGAUGCCGGGCACGGGUCUCGAUAAUGCCGAGCAGGAGUCAGGCACAGCCAAAUUGCCAGAGGAACGCGCCACGUGGGGCAAGGGAGUGGAGUUCCUAAUGUCCUGCAUCGCCAUGUCCGUGGGCCUCGGCAAUGUCUGGCGAUUCCCCUUCACUGCACUGGACAAUGGCGGUGGCGCCUUCCUCAUACCGUAUCUCAUUGUGCUGUUUCUGAUUGGAAAACCGAUUUACUAUCUGGAAAUGGUAAUUGGUCAGUUUUCCAGUCGCGGUUCGGUAAAGGUUUUCGAUUUGUGUCCAGCGAUGAAAGGUGUUGGAAUCGGUCAGGCACUCCAGGUGUUUAUGCUCAGCACAUACUAUGCCGCAUUGGUGGCUAUAAUUGGUCGAUACUUUUAUGAAUCAUUCCGCAAUCCAUUGCCCUGGGCUACCUGCCACGAGAAGUGGGGUAGCAACUGCAUUGAUUCCGCCCCCGAUACACGUAACUUGCUUCCAAAAGACACACAAGAUGAUCAACAAAAUUUUACAACUAAUGAUCCCGCUAAUCAGCGGGUUCGGACCAGUUCAGAAUGGUAUUUUGUCAAGGAGGUGCUGCACGAGAAGCCAGACAUUAUCGAUGGCAUUGGUCUGCCCAACUGGGAAUUGGUUAUUGGUUUAUUUGUCGCCUGGCUGUGCGUCUUCCUCAUUAUUCGACGCGGCGUCAAGAGCUCCGGCAAGGCCUCCUAUUUCCUGGCCAUCUUCCCGUACGUCAUCAUGGGUGUUCUCCUAAUUCGUGCCGUUACGCUGCCAGGCGCCGCUGAUGGCAUUCUGUACUUCAUCAAGCCGCAGUGGGGAAAAAUCUUGGAUCCGAAAGUGUGGUAUGCCGCCGUCACGCAAUGUUUUUACUCGCUCUCCGUUUGCUUUGGAAACAUAAUCAUGUACUCGUCCUUCAACAAAUUUGGCCACAAUGUUCAUCGAGAUGCGGCGAUUGUCACGGGUCUGGAUACGGUCACAUCCCUGCUCGCGGGUUUCACCAUCUUCGGUAUACUAGGCCACUUGGCCCACGAGAUAGGCACCGAUGACAUAGGCACUGUGGUGAAGGGCGGAGCUGGCCUCGCCUUUAUCUCGUAUCCGGAUGCCAUUGCCAAGUUCAAACAGCUUCCGCAGAUCUUCUCGGUGCUUUUCUUCUUGAUGCUUUUUGUACUGGGCAUUGGCUCAAAUAUCGCUAUGACUUCAUGCUCGGUGACGGCCAUAAGAGAUCGGUUUCCACACUUCAAGCAAUGGCAGUGUUCGCUGUUUAUAGCAAUCAUUAGCUUUGCCAUUGGAUUAAUGUACAUAACGCCGGGCGGACAGUAUAUGCUGACGUUGGUGGACUUUUUUGGUGCCUCAAUGAUUGCUUUGGUCCUGGGCAUUGCAGAGCUCUACACGAUUGGCUGGAUCUAUGGCACUGAUCGCCUGUGCAAAGACAUUGAGUUCAUGUUAGGUCGCAAAGUUGGUCUCUACUGGCGACUCUGCUGGAGCAUCAUCACGCCAUUGAUUAUGACUGUGAUUUUGAUCUACUUCUAUGCCACCUAUGAACCCUUGGCCUACAAUGACAAAAUCUAUCCAAGCUGGGCUUACAGCAUUGGUUGGACCAUCACUGCGUUUGGUAUUUUACAGCUACCCGCUUGGAUGAUUGUGGCCAUUGUCCGGGAUCCAGGAAAAACUUUUUCUGAGAAAAUCUCUGGUGCUUUCAAGCCAUACAGAAACUGGGGUCCCCUCGAUCCCCUGCUGAGGGAGCAGUAUCACAAAGAGAUUGAAAACGAAUUGACACCGAAACGGGGUCAAGGCGUUUGGGCCGCCAUUAAGCAGAACAUUUUUGGUUAGCUGUUGAUAAAAAUUGAGAGAGAAUAUUUUUAAAGAUGUGUAAAAACUAUAUUAAACGGUCUUGUAUAGCUCCUAAGUCUGCCAAUAAAGUCAAUAAGUAUGUAAA